UAUGUACAGCUAGCCAGUAACAGCUGGUAGCUGGAGGAAUAGUAACUAAAUGAAUGGUUUCCUGCUAUAGCUGAACUUUACUCACGGCGGUUGACGUCAACUGCCCGUAUGCUACACACUUCAAGGACUUUAAUUUUGUUCACUUCAUGGCCAAAGACAAUCCAGCGGUUUUCCUGAUUUUCGAAGCGCCGGUGGAGACUCAUUUUUGGGCUGAAGUGCCGAUCUUUUCCCUGCCACUGUGAACCUGGAAGAACAACGCCACCUUGUGACUAGCAUCCAACAUGACAGGGGUUUGUGGUUGUUGCGGGGCACUCAGGCCUCGGUACAAGAGACUGGUAGACAACAUCUUCCCAGAAGACCCAGAGGAUGGGCUGGUGAAAGCCAACAUGGAGAAGCUGACAUUCUACGCCCUGUCAGCUCCAGAGAAGCUCGACCGUAUCGGAGCCUACCUGUCUGAGAGACUGUCCAGGGAUGUGGCCCGACACAGAUACGGGUAUGUGUGCAUAGCCAUGGAAGCCCUGGACCAGCUGCUGAUGGCCUGCCACUGUCAGAGCAUCAACCUGUUUGUGGAGAGCUUUCUUAAGAUGGUGCGCAAGCUGCUAGAGUCAGACAAACCCAGCCUACAGAUCCUGGGAACCAACUCGUUUGUGAAGUUUGCCAACAUAGAAGAGGAUACGCCAUCAUAUCACCGCAGCUAUGACUUCUUCGUGUCGCGCUUCAGUGAGAUGUGCCACUCCAGCUAUGAGGACCCUGACAUCCGCACCAAAAUCCGCAUGGCAGGUAUCAAGGGCCUGCAGGGUGUGGUGAGGAAGACUGUGAAUGAUGAGCUACAGGCUAACAUCUGGGACCCUCAGCACAUGGACAAGAUUGUCCCCUCUCUGCUUUUCAACCUGCAGAGUGGAGAGCGUACAGAAAGCCGCUCCCCCUCUCCGCUGCAGGCAUCGGAGAAGGAGAAGGAAAGCCCGGUGGAGCUGACAGAGCGCUGCUUCAGGGAGCUGCUGGGACGAGCCGCCUAUGGCAACAUCAAGAAUGCCAUCACACCCGUGCUGAUGCACUUAGAUAACCACUCUCUAUGGGAGGGGAAGACCUUUGCGGUGCGUUGCUUCAAAAUCAUCAUGUACUCCAUCCAGUCCCAGCACUCUCACUUGGUAAUCCAGCAGCUUCUCGGUCACCUGGAUGCCAACAGCAAGAACUCGGCCACAGUGCGAGCUGGGAUUGUGGAAGUUUUGCUGGAGGCAGCCGCCAUUGCGGCCAGCGGCUCUGUAGGCCCGACAGUUUUGGAGGUCUUCAACACCCUGCUGCGGCAGCUUCGUCUCAGUGUGGACUACGAGUUGACCGGCUCCUACGACGGCAGCACCAACAUCGGCACCAAGAUCAUCAAAGCUCAUGAGGAGAGGCAACUGCAGGAGGCUGUCAUCAGGACCAUCGGUUCAUUUGCCAACACACUACCAACAUACCAGCGGUCAGAGGUCAUGCUCUUCAUUAUGGGCAAGAUCCCUGUCCCUGGGGUUCACCUAGCUCUGCCGUCCACAGGCUCUGGGCCUGAGGGCACCAGGAUGAUUCAGGUGAUGUUACUUAAGUCCUUGGUCCAGGUGACAGCGGGUUUCCAGACCACCAACAUGCUGACAGCACUGCCCAGCUCUUUCCUGGAGCCGCUGCUAUCCUUCUCUCUAACUGAGGAUCCAGAGGUUCGACUGCUGGUGCUCCAAAUCCUUCUCAGUCUCAUCGACCGGCACGACAACAGGCCCAAGUUUUCCAACAUUAGCAGCAUCUCGGACAUCUCUGUGCUCAAGCUCAAAGUUGACAAGUGUUCCAGGCAGGACAACUUAUUCAUGAAAAAGCACGGCCAGCAGCUGUACCGACACAUCUACUUGGGCUGCAAGGAGCAGAGCAGUGGUCGGCAACACUACGAGGCCCUUUUUGCUCUGCUGGGCCUUCUCAGCGUGGAGCUGGCAAAUGAAGAGGUGGUGGUGGACCUCAUUCGCCUGGCAGUCGCGUUGCAGGACCUGGCUCUGUCCACCGACGAGGCUCUGCCUGUUUAUAACCGCUGUGCUGUUCAUGCCCUCGCCGCCGCCUACCUCAACCUCAUCUGCCAGCUCACCACCGUCCCAGCCUUCUGCCAGCACAUACACGAGGUAAUUGAGGUCAGACAGAAAGAAAGCCCCUACCUUUUGCCCGAGGAUGUCUUUGUUGAUAACCCCAAGCUGCCUUCCUCACUGGAGAAGGUAGAAGGGGAUGUGUUGUUCCUGCAGUCAAAGAUCACUGAGGUGCUUGGAGGUAGUGGUUACAACACAGAGAGACUGGCUACGCCUUAUGUCCCGCAGUAUACAGAUGAAGACCGUUUGUCCAAGAGAAAGAGCAUUGGUGAGACCAUCUCGCUCCAGGUGGAGGUGGAGUCCCGAAACAGUCCAGAGAAAGAAGAGAGGACUCCAGCAGAGGAGAUCACAUUUGAAACCCUGAAAAAUGCCAUUGUGGACAGUGUGGGUAUGGAGGAGCAGGAGAGGGAGCGGAGGAGACAAGUGGUGGAGAAGUUUCAGAAGGCCCCCUUCGAGGAAAUAGCUGCCCACUGCGGUGCCAGGGCCACUCUACUGCAGAGCAAACUAAAUCAGAUCUUUGAGAUUACAAUCAGACCCCCACCCAGCCCAUCUGGAACCAUUUCAUCAGGUUACGGCCAAACUCAGAGUCGAUCUGUACCCAUCUACGAGAUGAAGUUUCCUGACCUUUGUGUGUACUAAACCAGGAAGGUGCAGAACUGUUGAAGGCAAAAGGCGUUUGGGAGAUGCAAACCGAUCCUCACUGUAAGCGCAUCUUGACCCCGGGAUCGAACAACCGCAGUUGUUUGAAGCCAAUUAAAGAACAAGCCACCUGCUGAUUAACUUAGCUGUCUGAAAUGACAAUUCCUUUGCCCUGUGAUUGCAGCCAAAACAAGCAGGCUAAUGUCAAUAAAUGCAGAAGUAAAACAAACUUUUAUUUAAUUAAUUCCCUUCGGUUCUACUUAAAUGACUGUAAAAGAAAUUAAAUAAAAUAAAAUUCCACAGGUUGGAUUUUUAAGUUAGACAUUUUCAAGAACUGUGAGGAAGAAAAUGUGACAGACUGAAAGUUAUUUAAUUGUCUUUAGAAUGAAUUAACCCGUUGCAUGCCCUGUAACUGGAAAUUUUUGAUAGCACUGCUAAUUCCUAACAGUCUUUUGUCCCUUACAGGGUGCCAUACUACCCUUGGUAACAAAAUCAGAUUGACCAAUCGUGCUUAUUUUCUCAUGACACUUUAUGUUUUAUUCGUUUUUAAAUUAUUUUUGGGGGGGGGCAGGAAGAGAGUAUGUGAAUGAGAUGCAUUUUAAUUUUAUUGACAGUGAAAUGUUGUGUAUGUUUGACUGAAAUGUGGAUAGAUAUAUACAAAUAUGAAGCUGUUACUCCCAAUCUCCCAUGUUACUCAGCUCAUCUGUCUUUAGUGUUUUAACGCUUUACUGCUUUUUUUUAGUGUUAGCCAAAAGUGCUUUUUCUUUUGUUAUGGGCAUUUAUUUCCUGCACCUACUUUUUAUUCUAAUAAUUUUUUAUGUUUAUGCUGUGGUUGAAAUGAAAGAUAACUGCUGAUCUGUGUGCUAUUCUCCAAAGUGAGUGUGCCUUACAGGUGACUCAAGUUAAAACACACAAUGCGCCACAGUCAUGAUGACCACACUAAACCUCUGUGUUUACCACGAUGUUUACCAGAUCAAACACUAGAAAAAGAACUAAGGAUCCUUUAUUUUUCUCCUUCCCAUAUAAAUGUGUAUAUACAGAGAAAUAUAUAAAUCUUUAAGCUGAUGUACAAAGUAGGGAUGUUCUUGUCUGUGUACAUACACUGUAUAUUCUAAUUUUAGACUGCCACUGCACUGUUUAGUGUCGAUAGAUGGGGGAGAAAGCUCCUUAGUUAGUAUUCAGAUACUUUUUGUUAAAAUCUCAAUAAGCAACCAGCAACACAUGAAAUCAGAACGUUUAUUGACGAGGGUCUGAACAGCCCACCGUGCAAAUCUGCAUCAUCUCGAGGCCAGUGGAUCACACUAGUGAAGUAUUAACGAGCCCAUCUGAUAAACUGUCACAAGAAAAACUAGUUUAAAAGUUACUGUCAAUUUCGUUACUAGCCACAGUUUUUGAGACAGGUUUUAGCACCUUCAUCCUGAUCUGUGUUGUUGCCAUUACAUCCUGAGUCCUGCUGGAAUGAGUUUGCACUCUGUCGUUGCAUCCGACUGCUGCUGUGGCAGCCUCGGAGCAGUGCAUCUUUUUCAUAGAGCGAGAUUUAAGUGAGUCAAAAAGCCAUUUUGUGUGUUCACAAACACACACGCUCACAGGAAUAAAAACAAAGUAUAAUGGCAAUAAUUUGGCACUAGCCUGGCUAAUGCAGCCCAACUGUAGGUAGCUGAUCCUUUUGUGUAAUUUAAAUAGUAUCUUCUGUUGUUGUUGUUGGUGUGGUGCUGUGAUGGUUCAGUUUUGUGAUGCUUUAAGAGACCGCCCGUCCUCCUGCUCCUGUGCUUCUGUGAAUUAACGGCAUCGCUGGGCGUGGCACGUGUUGCAACCAUCUUGUUUAAUGUGGACGACAGUCUCUCGUUUGUUCCUGAUCGUCACUUGCUACAGUCCAGAUUUCUAUUUGUUUUAGUAUUUUUUUUCCGUAGUGUCCCCCUAUAUGUAUAUUUAUGUCCACACAUGCCAGUGUAGCAGAUUGUCUGUUCGUGUUUACCCUUUCGUCCGUGCAAGUGUGUGUGUGAGUGAGUGUAUAUGGUUUCAUGUCUCUCUUUGAACAUUCAUGCAGAUGUGCGUCUUUUAUCGUCAUUACCCAAGACCAAACUCUUCAGACACAGUUUACAGUUUUUGUCCAGCGACUCUUUCCACCACGUUAAUAAAGAACAAGCUCAUAGCAACGUGCAGCUGUCUGAACCUUCCAGUGACACCUAGUAAAACUGUCUUUUCAGCAUCUUGCAACUUUGCAGUGAAGACCUGUAAAUCUAUCAGUCUGCUUGUUGUCAUUGCAUAGUGUAAUAUUAACUGAUGGUAAUCCGAUCUUACUUUUGUCAUUACAUGUCUGGUUAAUAGAUCUGUUUACAAUGUAGUGCUGUAGGUCAAAUCUAUUCAUUCUGUGAACUUUGCACUUUAAAAACUGGAUUACCUAGUGACAAAGGCAGCUUUUACAUGGAGAAAAUGCCUUAUGAGUGUCAUACCUGACUUUUGCAUGCUAGUGAUGUUGCUGUGUUGUACAAUAAAUUUCUC